CCGGUCUGGUUGUAGCUAGUUAGCCAGCUAGCGGCUCACUUGACGCAGCAGGGGUGUCUCAUGGCAGAUCAGCAGCCAGUCCUCAAAGUAAAACCAGUCGUAGAACUCCACGCGCCUCUGUGGCUACCGUGUAACUCCGAUCUACCCACGCGACGUCGUUAACGUGAGACAACAACCGGCUCACAGACAUGGCGGAAAGUUAAUUAGAAGCGACGGGCUCCUUGUGCUGUUCCGCUGCUACAACUCCGCUCCGUCCUGCAGCCGUUCAGCCGCGACCACACCCUCCCUGCUUCCUCAUAGUACUGCAGCGGGAGCGCGCAGCACGGCUUUGAAUCUCUGGGAAUAACGGCCGCUUCUUCCAGCUACGUUUACGGUUUCGUGGCCGUGAACCUCCAAAUUCAAGUGAGUUAAAUGUUCAAAGACCGCUGCCUGGUAUGGAUAUGAGAAGCGAGUCCCCACAGAGGAUAUGCGGGGCUACACGGUCUCUGGUCCCGAGUUAAGACGCGGAGGAGGAGGAGGUGGAGGGCGGACAGACGGACGAUGCAUAUGGAGGCGAAGCGACCGGAGCAACUGCUAGCUUCUAACCCAGGGCUGUGUUUGAAAAAGAAGAGGUUGAAAGUGGACUGAGUUGUUGGAAAGUCGCCCUUUCGGUGGAUUUUACUUGGGAGGACUCAUGAAACGAUGGUGCCGAAGGGGAACCCAAGUCUUCCCGCUGUCCAGAAGAGCUGCCCGGGUGGUGCCCCGUUGGUAACCAGCAUGAGUACGCCAGGCCGGUCACACUCAGUGGGAACAAGUCGGACAAGAUCUCGGUGCAGUUUCAGACUACCUGCUCUGACGCGAGUGGACACAAAAUGAUAUCCUAUUGAUUACAGUCAAAAGAAAAGACUAAAAAAGGCAUCUACUAAAUGUUGAUGUUUUCUUGGCUAUAGUCCUAAAAAAAGACCCGAGAAAAGGCAUCAAAAAAUAGCACAGAGGCAGUUCAGCAGAUGUAAUUCAAAUCGGGAAUGUGUCUGAAAAGAUAAGGAGCUUUUGACAUUAUUUUUUUUAUAAUUCUCAAUCUGCACUUUGCCUUUUAGAAGGCACCUUGGUGGCACUGCAGUUUGUGUGUGAUUUCUUUUUUUUUUUUUUAACUCAACAACCUGUGAAUUCUUCUGUUCCACAAAAACCUGGGACUAACAAUGAGAAUAUUGACUUUUGGAUUAUGGUGUUCAGGGCAUUUAAAUUAACUUGUCGAAGAGCAUAUAGCUAAUUACACUGAUUACUCAGAAGUUGUGGGGAUUUUGAUUGACUGUGUUGCAUUGUAAAAUUACUAAUAACCAAGGUAACUGGGAAUAUGCCAGAUCAUAGUGUAGACUUUUAUUGUAGAGACACAUAAAUGAAUGAUGGGGAUGUUAUUCAAACGUAAGUAAAUGCAGUAAUUGAGUUUUGCUCUUUCUACAUGUUUACAUUGAGAAUACAUGUCCUGUGUGUCCACAUAUAAUGUACAGCUGAUGACCUAUACUCUGAAGGAAUUUAAAGAAGACUGUUUGGCCAGUUGUUAUUUAAAAAAGCAGUGGGGUGAGGCUUCUUGGGAAUCUUGGAAAUGUCUUAAACAGUACAAUGCAGUGUGCAGCAGCAGACAAUUAUAAAUAACUGAACCCCCUCCAGAAGAGCAGUUUGACCCUCUCUCCCCCCCUCCACUCCCCUCCUUAUUAUGGCUAGUGGUGGUUCUGGCAAAUCGGCUAGCGAGGGAUCGACCAGCACACCCACCGGCAGUCUGCAGCAGAGGAAGCGCCUCUCCUCCAUCUGUGACACAUGUAAGGGCAAGAUGCAGCUGGUGGCUGACCUCCUCCUGCUGUCCAGCGAGACCAGGCCGGUCAUGACCUCGGAGGGCGUGGCGGUGGCUGACACCUUCGAGCAGUGCCGCGACACGGUCAUCGCCAGGACUAAAGAGCUUUCCAUCCUCACCCACGACAUUCAAAGCCAGCUCAACAUGGGCCGCUUCACAGAGGUGGGGGACCGCCUCCUGGAAAUGGCUGACCUGGUGGUGUCUUUGACCGAGUGCUCCGCUCACGCCGCGUACCUGGCGGCGGUGGAGACCCCCGGGUCUCAGCCCUGCCUGCCCGGACUGGUGGACCGCUAUAAGGUGACCCGCUGUCGGCAUGAAGUGGAGCAGAGCUGCAGCCUCCUCCGAGUCACAGCCCUGCCGGACCUCACCCCCCAGCUCCUCCUCGAGCUCUCUCAGAACAUCUCCACCAACCUCAAGAAUCUGACGGACAUCUCGUCGCUGGCCAGCGAGAGGUCCAGGGACCGCUUUGCAAAGGAGCAGUUCAAACUGAGCGUCAAGAGCAUGAGCACCAGCGGCACAGCCUUCCUGGCGUGUGUCAAAGAGGUGAAAACCCAGCCCAGCGAGCUGACCAGGAACCGCUGUGUCCUCUUCAGUGCUGCUCUGGUCCAGACGGUCAGCGCCCUGGUCGGGUUCGCCACAGAGCCUCAGUUCCUGGGAAGAGCUGCAAGUAUCUCCACUGAAGGGAAGGGGGUACAGACUGCAGUGUUAGGGGGGGCCAUGAGUGUGGUUUCAGCCUGUGUCCUCCUCACUCAGGGCCUCAGGGAUGUUGCACAGCAUCCCGAGAGUAGCUCCAAAAUGGCGGACUACCGUGAGCGCCUGCGCAAUUCGGCGUGUGCCGUGUCAGACGGCUGCACUCUGCUCACUCAGGCACUCAGAGAACGCUCCUCUCCAAGGACUCUGCCGCCAGUCAACUCUCAUUCUGUGAAUUAGUUUAGGAACACGAGCUCCAGUCCCCCUCUGUCCUAUUCUGACGUACCAAAGAGACUCACUCGGGUUGUCCCUGUCCAUCAGGUUUAGAGUAACAUCAGAAGAAGGCUGUCUGUGGGUCUGUUCCUGCGGUUGCACAGAGGAGCACUAAAACAACCGCUGCAGGGUUUCGGGUCGCGCUGGAUGUGACUCAAAACCUUGUCAGAAACAGACCACUCGACCGCUCUGGGCCUGCCCCGGGCUCCGCCGACAGCCCCUCACCAACAGACAGACAGCCUUCAAACCUGAAAAGUUUACCUCAGUUUUCAGCUCCGGUGAAAACGCCAGCCUCGAUGAUGGAUGUAGCCUCGCUGUGUGAACCUAUGGUUGGCCGACCUACUCGAUUACAUGUGCUUUGUGAGAUUGGAAAGAGUGAUCUGAGUGUCUAAGUGCUUUUUUUUUUUUUUUUUUUUUAAUGUGUGAAUUCUUAAUUGGUAAAAGCUGCUGUGAGUGUGUGCCAUAGGUUUUACACUAUUUACCAGACUUCCCAUAGUAUUUUAAAGUGUUUUGAUCAUGCAUGUAAUGGAGUAUUUAUUUCAACUAUUAAAAAUGUUGUUUCUGA